AUGGCGGAUACCAGGAGAAUCUGUCGACAGUGUUAUGCGUUCAACAUUCAAGGCUUUAUCGAAAGUGAAGAUUAUACCCACAUGCUGAGCGUUGAGGCGGUCAUUGCAGGCAAAAAUGAGAAUUGCAGUUUUUGCAGCCUUCUCCAUCAAGAUUUCGAGGAUUCCAUCCUUAGGCUGCCGACUGAGACUCGAUUGUGCACGGCAGAUUGUCGAUUCGACGUCAAACUCUUCACCAACACACCUUCAAAAGGUCGUGCUGGUUUUACCAACAUGACGAUUUCAAUGAGCCCUCGGUUCGGACAGGACAGCUUCCGGAGGAAAGCAUGGUUCAACAACCGCCAUGUAAUUUAUAGCAUUGCUGCAGAUCCCGGUUGGACUGCCGCUUCUACGAAGAUUACAGGGCGAUACCUCGGUGAAGAUCCCAAAUCGGACCUACAUCGCAUUUCUACCAUAGAGUGGCUCGAAAACUGUCUGCAACAACACACAGACUGCCAGAAAACACUAUCCCAGACCAACGUCAUCGACCCGAACGACGCUAUACUGCCCACACGGUGUCUUGACGUCAGUAAUUCUGGCACCGGUCGAGUGAUUCUCGUCGAGUUUCCCAGAGAUCAACAGGUCAGAGGGAAAUACAUCACCCUCAGCCACAGGUGGCAAACACCUGAGACAACACAGAGCAUGACAAACUCCAGCAACUAUAGGGAUCGUACAGACCGGAACUGCGGCAUCAUGCUGGCAUCUCUGCCGAAGGUCUUCCAAAGCGCCAUAGCAGUCGCGCGGAUGCUGAGAGUCAAGUACCUGUGGAUCGACUCCCUGUGCAUCAUUCAGAACAGCAUUGACUUUCAGACGGAGAAAAUUCGCGUGGCACAAUACUAUCAAUAUGCAUACUUCACCAUCGCUACCACGGUAACCUCGUGCGGCGACGACUUUUUGUCUCACCGGGCUAAGCCAUCUUACUAUGGUUUGGCCCAGCUGCCGUAUCGUUCCACCGAAGGGCGCUUGGGGGACAUCUUUUACGUCUUGGGCAGGCCCAGCGCAAGCGAAGACUUCAGGUCAAAGGUGCGCGACAGCGACCUCCUGACGAGAGGAUGGGUGUUUCAGGAGUGGCUGCUCAGUCGCCGAAUAAUCUUCUACACACCCGCCGGAAUGUUCUUCGAAUGUCAAACAGACAGACCAGUCCGCGAGGGCGGCGAAGAAGUCUUGUCGUAUGACUUUCACACAUAUGCCUUCAAAAGGAACUUUAAGGUACGCCGAGACAAACCCUUAAGUACAUGGUACAUCUUGGCACAGUCGUAUGCUCGCCUUGAUCUGACCAAGCCGGAGGACCAUAUUUGGGCGCUGGCGGGACUUGCAGUCGAGAUGAAGGAAGCACUUGCCGCAUUGUCCAACAUCAACUCCAAUGACUUGACUGCUGAUUGUUGCAGCUAUGCAGUGUCUGAGCACAAUAACUCAGGCGACGAGGAUGAGGGCCGCGCAAAACCAGGAGACGGGAGCCCAUCUGAAGAUAGUGAAAGUUUGAAUGAAUCCUCAUCAGUGACAGCACAACAACCAGCAGCUGCGAAAGGCAAAACGCCGCAGAGGAACGCACAAAGUGGCGUACUCGAUGAGGAAAGGCCUCUGGGCGAGACAGAACACUUAGGCCAGAGCACAAGACGGGCUGACAAGGGCAAAACAGUUGAUCUGGGCCAGGAGAGCAACAACGAGGGGAGGGUAAAGUCUCCCCACCCUGCAGUGCUUGCGAAAUUGUCGACACGGCAGGAAGUUCUCGAAUAUGCAUCCGGCCUCUGGCUUUCCGAUAUUCACCACGGCCUGCUUUGGGAGCAGGUAACCGCGGGUCCCAAUCCGAUCAAGAGGGAAUGCGCCAUCGCCCCGUCGUGGUCGUGGAUGUCGCUGUUCACGGAGGUGACGUGGCCCGAAAGAGCCCCAGCGAAGAGCCACAGCAAAUAUCUGACCGUCGCAAAGCUCACAUAUUGGAAUCCAGUUGACCAGAACAUAGUGGAAGUCCACAAGAGCGACAAUGCAGCCCGGCCGUUCUACUUGCCGGCUGUCGACGCGACUGAGCACUUUGACAUCAGCGCGGUCUGCAUCCGCCUCACAGUCCGAUCGAAAUGUGUCCUGGUGCGUGUCAAGAAGUGCCUGGACCGCGUUAUGAUGUGGACCGCAGCCGUGGCGAGCCACGAGUCCCGUUGGCUCUUCAACAACCAGGGUAAGGUUCAGGCGAGAUGGCACGCCGUCGUAGCGCCGGACGCUCCGGGCUUGGUCGUUGGUUGGGGUAGCUUCGAGCGCAACGUGGGACCCCAUGAUGACGUCUACGCCGUGCAUGUCGCAACGAGAAGGGCGCCAGACGGCAUUUCGUAUGGGUACAUUAGCAAGUCACGUCCUGUUUAUGAGAUUCUGUUUUGCGUCGAAGUUGUUGGCGGUGAAUUCCGGAGGGUAGGUGUCGGGAGGAUCUUUGCUAAAAAUGUGAUUCAGGGUUUUGAGGCCGCCGAGAUGCGAGAACUUGUCAUGGUGUGA